AUGGCGCUGGAGGCCACGCUCCUCGUGUUGCAAAUCAUGGUGACCACCGACUGCCUCAGGACAUUCAUCGUCGCCGCGACGGCUGCAGUGCCUACCGAUUUCGAUGCAGUCAACGCAACUGACGCUCAGGAUCUCUUCAAUCUGCUGGCCCCUCCAAGCUACGUGCUGUGUGUCUGGAUGCAGCUCUUCUUGUGCUUCACGUUUGGAGUCUGGCUCGGACCCAAGUCCACAGCCGGCACCUUCAUCGCUCGAUACUCCACUCCAGCAUCUCGUGAAGCUCUGUUCCUGAGCUUAGCACUAGGCGUCACCUCCAUUUCUGCCAUACUAUGGGACUCUCUAAUGUUGCUUGACAGAAGGUGCUUAGCCCCCAUUGCGCUGCUCUUCGUAUGGUGCGGUUCCCUUCCGUUCUACUUGGUACUGAGUCGAUCAUAUCGAGCUCCAAACACCCUCGUGGACGUCAUUAUCUUCACUCUGGGGGAAUUUUCAGUGCGUUUAUACUUCACGUGGCUCACUGGAGCUGUUAUCUUCGGGGUUCUUGAUACGCUUCAGUAUUUACACGGCGACUACUUCAGCUACACCGUCUACGUUCAGCUCAUGGGGGCGAUGCUAGCGCUGGCAUUUGGACUUUACAUGCAGAGUCGUGACCCUGUGGUGGCACUGAUGGCUACAUGGUUCCUCGUUGGUCUUGCAUACAGGAAAUGCACCUUUGAAGGGGACGCAAAGGAGACGUUCGAGAAACUACAGACCGCAGCUCUGGUGAUAAAGCCAGUGUUUCUACUAGUGCUGAUCUUUGACGCCGUCCGAAGUCUUUGUCACUUUCUCCAAAAUUGUGAAGCAGAUUUCCUGUCUCUGGUUGUAGUCGAGGCAUCUUAA